AUGAACCCGGAAGCGCUUCGUUUCCGGUACGAUCCAGCCUCGAACUUGUUGCCUCUUGAGCUCACCGAGUUCUCGAAGAGAUGGGAGGAGUUCCCCAACGUGACGCUGACAUUUGAUUGCACCGGCCGGUCAAUCGGCUUCUACGCGGACCAAGAGUUCAACUGCCAAAUCUUCCAUUUGUGCGACGCUGAUGGCCGCAGAAUCCCGUACAUUUGCGCCAACGAAACUGCCUUCAACCAACAAUACCGUGUCUGCGACUGGGCUUACAACGUCAACUGCGAAGAAGCCUCCAACUGGUACUACCUCAACGACCUCACCUACGUCACCGAUCCGCCGAAGCCCAAGAACUAAGCUGGCAUAGCUAGCGUCAUCUAGUGCAGCCUCAGUCAAAUACGCCACGGUUGUCUUGCGCAGUCCCCUAGAUGUCACUAACAACUCACGACGCGUUUUGCUGUUAUCAUCCAUUCCGCACUUGUUCAUAAUCUACCUAGGUGUCACUGUCAUGUGCUAAUGCCAGAAAUAUGUGAAUUAUGUGGUUACCUGCUUGAGAAAAUUGUGUGCACUGUCGUGUUUUCUAAAUGGCUGCUGAAAAGGUAAAAGUGAGUGUUUUCUCCGGGAAUUUUGGAAGGGAAGAAAAUUUUUCAUUUUUGAAGCAGCCUGUUUAUUAUAUGGUGCCAAACAGUGAUUCGGUCACUUGUGUGUAUUCCGUCUUUCCCACGUCCGUCCUUCCGUUGCGAAUGAGAUCUCAAAGCAAUUUUCCCCUAUUUUUUAGUUUGUAAAAUUCUUGGCUUUGUUCUUGUUGCUCCGUCCGUUUGUUCGGAAACUUUUUUUUAUUUUGAGCGUGUUUCGUGCGUAGAGGCAUUAUCAUUUCUGUUGUUUUGAUGUCCUUGUCAAAAUUGUUUUUUUUUAUAUGGCGAUGAGAGAAAUUGCACUCUGUGAGAUUGUUCAAGAUUUUUUGGGAGGUUUGGUAUUUUAUUUUUCAUGUGUUGACUUUCUGGUCAGGGGGGAAAAUUCUUGACCUAACUUUUCUCGUCCCCCUUUUUCUGGUGUUACAUGAAUUUGAAAGUAUAGUGAGGUAGAUUAUAAAAAACCGAAUUGUGUGAUUUUGUUUGGGGUUUUGUUUAGCGUGGAAUUGUACCACCACGUUUGUCCUUUUGUUUUUGUAAGCACGACUUUUUUUUUCUGUGGAAGUACGCGAAAAUUUCAAUAACAAUAAAGCAUGCUUUUUUUGCGGAACA